AUGACUUUCAAGACUUCUAGUCAUACUCUGCCUGAUCUUUACGAGGCUUCAAUCGCAGAACUCCAAGAUAGUCUUGCACGAGGACACUUCAGUGGUGUCCAGCUUGUCAAGGCCUACCUUAGCAGGAUCGAAGAAGUUAACUUGAAAGGUCCUGCAUUACAUGCGGUCAUCGAGAUCAAUCCAAAAGCCUUAUCACAAGCUGAGGCCCUUGACGAUGAACGGAAAGAAAAAGGCAGCCGUGGGCCAUUGCAUGGAAUACCAUUGUUAUUGAAAGACAACAUCGCCACGCUGCAUGAAGAAGUGAAUCGAGAUCUGGAUAAGGAAUGGAUACGACUGCAGGUUCCUACGCACUGCUGGGUUCUGUUGCUCCCUCGAGAUGCAUUUGCUGCAGCGAAAUUGCGUGAAGCUGGAGCUAUAUUCAUAGGCAAAGCAAACCUCUCCGAGUGGGCUUCUAUGAGGGGACAAGUUCCCUGUGGAUUCUCGGGGCGUGGAGGGCAAAAUAUUUGUCCCUACUACCCGAAUGCUGACCCACGUGGUUCGAGCUCCGGAAGUGGCGUUGCGAUGGCCAUUGGUCUAGCAGCGGGGUCGCUUGGCUCAGAAACUGAUGGCUCUAUUGUUUUACCGAGCAGCAGGAACAACAUUGUGGGCAUCAAGCCAACCAUCGGGCUGGUAUCUCGUUCAGGCGUGAUACCCAUCUCUUCCCAUCAAGAUACUGCUGGCCCGAUGUGCCGCUCUGUCACUGAUGCCACCCUUUUGUUAAAGUCCAUUUCUGGGCCUGAUCCUCGAGAUGAAGCUACUUUGCAUCAACCCGGAAUAGUCCCAGACUAUAUGCAAGCACUCGACAAAAACGCCCUUAAAGGUGCUCGUCUUGGAGUGCCUCGUGCCUUCAUUCGCGAUGUCAAGACAAUGGAGGAGACGUUCAACUCCUCACUUGACGUCUUUCGAGCUUUAGGCGCGGAAAUCGUUGACCCUGCAGAUUUUCCGGAUGCAGACGAACUAGUGGCUUCCAUAGCGGAGGAUCGGGUGCUGGACGUGGACUUCAAAGUUGAUCUCAACAAGUACCUAUCGGAACUGGUCGACGUUCCGACAGGCGUCACGACUCUUGCUGGUUUGAUAGAAUUCAAUAAAGCUCAUGCGGACCAGGAACUCCCAGCGCCAUUUUAUACAGAUCAAUCCCAACUUAUCAAAUCGGAAGCUACACAAGUCGAUGACGCCUACUUUUCAGCCCUAGCGGAAGAUUUCGACUUGGGACGCACGAGAGGCAUUGACGCUACUCUGGCCCAGUUCAAUCUCGAUGCUAUAGUUCUACCAACCGAUGCACUGGCACCCAAACCCGCAGCAAUUGCAGGGUAUCCGUUGAUUUCAGUGCCCCUCGGGUUUCAGCCAGAUGACGUUGAAAUACUGCCUGCGACGCCAUCCCCACUUUACACUCAAGCCCCAGGACUUCCUUUUGGAAUCGCUUUUAUGGGCACUGCGUAUAGUGAAUUUAAGCUUAUCGGUUACGCCUAUGCAUUUGAGCAGGCUACCCGUGUGAGACUUCAGAGAAGGGCAUACGACGAUGCGAUUCCUAGAACCCAAUUAACAGACGUCAUGUUUCAGUGA